AUGGCAUCAAAAUUUUCUAUAAUGGAUUUAUGUCCCGAUUUAGCUAAUAAUAAACAUUCCACUCCAAGUUCACCAGAAUCAGAUAAUUUUGUUGAUAAACAACAUUCAGUGAUGCUUGAUGAUUUGAGUGACACAGCAAGUAGUAGUAAUGUUACUAAAGAUAGUGGAAAUACAUCAAAAUGUAUAGAUGAUUCAAGAACAUUUGAAUUGUCUCCAUCUAUAUCUCCUGAAAGUGUUGAUGUAUCAGACUCUGUUGAAACAAUAGAAAAUUCAGAUUCUUUAACAUCAAAUAAAAAACCACCAUUUAGUUAUAAUGCUUUAAUAAUGAUGGCAAUUCGUAAUAGUAAAGAAAAAAAAUUAACAUUAAGUGGUAUUUAUGAUUAUAUCAUAACAAAUUAUCCUUUUUAUCGUGAUAAUAAACAAGGUUGGCAAAACAGUAUUCGUCAUAACUUAUCAUUAAAUAAAUGUUUUGUAAAAGUUCCAAGAAAUUAUGAUGAUCCUGGUAAAGGUAAUUAUUGGAUGCUAAAUGCAGCAUGUGAAGAUGAAAUAUUUAUUGGUGGAUCAACAGGAAAAUUAAGAAGAAGACCAUCAGGUUUUAAUAGGGGACGUUUUGAUGCUUUUAAAAGUAUUCAAAUACCAUCAUAUCCAUAUAAUAUAUCAGGAUCACAAAAUUCAAUGAUUUUUAAUAAUAAUACAAAUCCAUUAUUAAAUUUUAAUACAUCAUUAUUAUAUUAUAAUCAACCAUCAAUAAAUGGACCAAUUGGAGGAGGAAGAAUUAUACCACAAAUACCUACACCAAUACCAGGACAAUUAUCAGGAACAAUAAAUCAAUCUAAUAUUAAUCAUUUAUUAUCAAUGUAUGCUUCUGCAGCAUUUCAAUUACCAUAUAAAGAAAAACAAUUAAUAUAA